CUUUUAAAGAAUUGGUGGCUCUUUUUCACGUCUCUGAAACUUUUCCUCGCAACAUAACAAAUAACCUUAGUCGCCCGUUCCCCAAUCUGGUAAGUGAAAAGAAAGUAAGCAGUAAGUAAAUGCCAUUAACGCAUUAACCAAUCCCUAUCUCUCUUCUUCUUCUUCUUCUUCUGCUCUUUUCUUUUCUUAUUAUUCUUUCACUUCCGAUUGGUGGGUUUUUUAAAUUCUUUUAGAAUUUUUUUUUUCUCAUUCUUUCCACUUUAUGUUCUUUUGGAUCUGAAAAUACUAAGAAAAAUAAUGCUCCUUUCGUUUUCUUUUAACUAGGGUUUCUCUCUCAGAUUCUUCUCUAAAUUUGGCAAAAAUGCUGCUGCCACUAUCAAUGAACACCACUUGUCCUUCUUUUUCUUGUAUUUAGCAGCAACCAAGGCAAAAACCCUUCUCUUUAUAUACCGGUUUAUUCCCUGUGCCCAAUAACUAAGAGAAGAAGAUUCAGAAAGGAACUGGAAGCUUUUGUUGUUUCUUCUUUUAGCAAAAAAAAUAAAAAGAUCAUUAUAAUGGCCAGAGAGAAGAUUCAGAUCAAGAAGAUCGAUAACGCUACAGCUAGACAAGUUACCUUCUCCAAAAGGAGAAGAGGGCUAUUCAAAAAAGCUCAAGAGCUUUCUGUUCUUUGCGAUGCUGAUGUUGCUCUUAUAGUCUUCUCUUCUACUGGCAGGCUCUUUGAGUACUGCAGCUCCAGCAUGAAGGGAAUUCUAGACAGGCAUAACCUGCACUCAAAAAAUCUUGAGAAGCUGGAACAACCAUCCCUUGAGUUGCAGCUGGUUGAGAAUAGUAACUAUUCUAGGUUGAGCAAGGAAGUUGCUGAGAAAAUCCUUCGACUAAGGCAAAUGAGAGGAGAAGAGCUUCAAGGAUUAAAUAUAGAGGAACUGCAACAGCUAGAGAAGUCCCUUGAAGCUGGAUUAGGCCGUGUGAUAGAAAAGAAGGGUGAGAAAAUUAUGAAGGAGAUCAGUGAACUCCAAAGGAAGGGAAUGCAAUUAAUGGAAGAGAAUGAACGACUAAGACACCAAGUUUUGGAGGUAUCUAAUGGCCGAAAGCAGGCUGGUGCGGAUAUGGAGAAUGGGGUUUAUGAGGAAGGGCAGUCAUCAGAGUCUGUGACCAAUGUAUGCAGCUCAAAUGGCCCCCCAAAUGACUAUGAAAGCUCAGACACAUCUCUCAAAUUGGGGUUACCGUAUUCUGGCUAAGUGUUGGUAAGGAGAUUGGGAUGCUUCUGAACAAAUGAGGACAGAGAUAUGGUUUAUAGUUGAAAGUGACAUGGAUGUUGUUGUGUAAUUUACCUAACCCACUUCUGCCUUUUUAUAGGUACAUAAUCUUUGUGUGCCUUCGGACACAUUUAUGAAGCCAUGUAUGAACACUUUUAUUCUCUUUCUAUAUAUUUAUAUAUAUAUAUAUAUAUAUAUGAAAACCCUUUCUUAGCCCAA